AUGGUGGAAUUGGUUCUUCAGCAGGACAUUUCAUCCUCACAGACCACCAUAGCGGCUGUCAGCAUCGGAGAUUCGCAGACAGUCGGAAACCUGAGAGAUUCUACAUCCUUCCAUUUUGCAAAGGCGACGGGCCACUACGGCAAAGUGGAAGUCUUCCAUCGCCUGGGUGGCUGUCGCUUAGACCCGGUCCUCGCCCAUGUCCCAGAAGCCAAGGUCUUGCUCCGAGAGGCAAGCAGCUCCAGGGAACCUGCUCGGGAGGGGGACCCAGGCCCAGGGCAACAAGUCGAAGCUUCUGAUUUGGGGGCCAAAUGCUCCGCAUCAGAGUACAUCAAGAUGCCUUGGACUGCAAUCUCGGGUCUCGGCUCAAGUGCAGCGUGGGGCGUCGAAUCGGCGCUUCUUCGACGGAGCCUCAGACGCUGCCUAGGGCGAGAGGGCCGAGAGCGCUCGGUGGCCGAGAUGCUCGGGUACUUCAUCGCGUAUUGCGGCGCCUUAAACAUGCAGGGCAAUCCGAUAUGGUGGGCCAUGAACCACACGUGGCACCACAGAUUCUCGGACACUCCCUGGGAUCCGCACACUCCGCGGGAGGGGCUCUGGACUGCCCAUGCCGGGUGGUUCUUCGAGAAGGAGCGGGUUCUUGAGAAGAUGCCGAAGGCCAUCGUGGCCUCCCACAACCAUGUGGAGCCCGGCGAGGAGGAUGAAGCCUACCUCCCUUGGUUCUACAAGGAGUCCCCCCAGUUCUACGACUGGCUUCGGCAAACCUAUUACAUACACCAAGUCUCUCAGGUGGCGCUAUUGUAUCUGUUGGGUGGGUGGAGCUUCGUUGUCUGGGGCUUUGUGAUCCGACUCCUCCUGGGCAUUCACGGCGUCUCGGCCGUGAACUCCUUUGCGCAUGUUUGGGGUGAGCAGCCCUUCAAGACCGGUGACGACUCCAAAAACAAUGUCUGGGUGGCAAUGGUGUCCUCAGGCGAAGGCUGGCACAACAAUCACCACGCAUUCCCAAGGUCCGCGAGGCAUGGGCUUUUCCCGGGACAGUUCGAUCUGACCUAUAAUUUGAUCCUCGUGCUGGAGAAGCUCGGAGUGGUUUGGGAUGUGCAGCUUCCCAGCGAUGCGCAAAUCGCCGCAAAGCUGCGCUCUGCGAGCGAAGCGAAGGAUGCAAAGGCGAGCGAAGCGAAGAUGGAUGUCCCUGUUACGAGUGAGGCCUAG